AUGAGAUUGACUCUUUUUGAGCCGACUCAAGUCCUAUUCCCUCCACCGCCACUUGAGAAGUCAGCGCGAUACACGUUAGGGAAAGGGAGGCACGGGUACGGCUUUGGCGUCGACUUCUCCCUGCUCUCGCUAUACGCACAAGCAGAAUUGUCACAUAAUCCCUACUUCCGCGCAUGCCGGCAUUGGGACUGCACCAGAAUCUACUACGGCAUCUGCGUGACUGUCAAAGGAUGUGGGCUGUUCCGGCGUCCAGGUCGGAAGUCCAUUUACCUUGUGUCGGCAAACCUCGACCCGCCUGGCAUCCCGCGCCUGCCACCCUCUAAGGGACUGCCACGACAAUCUUUCCAGGGCUUACAUUUCGACGCCCCCGGGUUGCGAAGCGAACGGUCGAGAGAAGACAACAAGGUCCCACCCCCUUACACACCGGCACUCGUGUUAAGAGCUGGGAUCGGCAGUGACGGCGGUCUGCCGUACGCUGGGGGCUCCCUGCCUCUGAAGCUCUGGGUGAGGGUACCACUCGCGGCGCAAGGGCAACUGAAGGCCGUUUUGAAGAGCGUCCGCCUUUUCAUGGUCGAUCCGACUGUCAUCAGCAACUGCGGGCGCCGAGUGGUGCGUCCGGCGGGCACAUUCAUCCGAGAAGUUCAGCUUGAUAUCGCCUUGCAGACAAGGUCGUCCAAGAAUGAGAUAUUUGAGUUCACCAGCGUGCUGGUCCCUGUGGACGUUGCCACACCAGGCGCACCACCGAAGUACGAGGCCCUCGAUAUCCGGUGCAGGCAUCACCUGCCUGAAGAGGGAUUGCCUGAGUACAGAAUGGAAAUCAGCAGUUCAUCAGGGUCAUAA